GUUUUGAAACCGUCGGGAACGGCAUCGCUGAUGCGGCAGGGUCCGUCGCCGACGUGGCAGGGGACAUUGGCUCAGGCAUCGCCCAUGUGGGCUUGACUGUGGGAGACUACGUGGGAAACGCCGCUGUCAUUGUCGGCAACUCUAUCGUCGAGGCUGCCGAGACCUCCAUCGAUGCACUGCCGAACGAAAUCAAGGAUGCAGCUUCCACACUUGGAGACGUCGCCGUGGCUGCCGGAGGGGCUGUUGCUGACGUCGGCGAAAUCGUGGCCGACGCAGCCGUGGAUUUGGCCGGGGAUGCGCUCGAUGCGGCCGAGCACUCCAUAGCGCAGGGAGUGAAACUCGCCAGCACGGUGGGAAACGAAAUCGCCAGUAAAGCUGCGGCCUUGGGUGGCGAGAUUGCCAAACUGGGCCCUUUAGCUGCCGGCCUUGCCAAAGCUGCUUGGGACGAGAUCAAGAAGUUCAUCAACUGCCUCGCCCAAUCCUUCACCUUGUGCAAGAUGCUGAUCGGUGAUGUGUGCGAUUGCGACGCGGGAAGUGACGUCAGCGCCUCCCUCUCCGGCCUCUCUAUGACAUGCAAGUUCAAGCAUACAGGCGACUUCGCACAGGGCUGGGGCGUCUCGGCCAGCAGCAGCGGCUCCUUUGAAAUGGGCGACGCCAGCAGCGGCGGCAAGAUCAAGCUGCCGGGCAACCCUUUCCGACAGCAGCGGAAGCAUUCGGGAACCUCCCUCAGGUCACGCCGGGCGUUGAAGGGCUACAAGUCCAGAGCUCCGGCGGGGUCCUGCGAAUCCAGCUUGGAGCUUGCCUUGGAGGGUGUCGUCCAGUUCGAACCGACAAUCCGCAUCAGCUUGAAGACGAACGGCGACACCGAGGUGGGCGUGGAAGGCUUGGUCCGGGCCUCUUUCGAUGCCUUGGCCACUGCGGAGGGAGGCUGCGGCAUGUCCGCGGAGAAGAGGUUUCCGCAGAAGCCUCUCAAGAAGGUUGCUUGCGCCCCGCCUUUCUGCAUCAUCGUUUUGCUGCAGAUGGUGGCCGACGUCGAGCUGAGUGGGGUCAUCACCGGCAGCGCAGAGGUCGGCGCCAACGCAGAUUUUCAGAUCUCCGGCUCUGUCCUCGUCAACCCGCAGGGCCACGCCGACGCCGACUUCCAGAACCCGACCAUCAAGCACCAG